AUGGGUUAUAUGCCGAAUGGUGUAAUAGUUGAAUCUCAUCUCAUCUCCUAAGAUCCCAAUAACCAAUCCUAAGUAAUUGACUCAUUGCUGCAAGUGGAACCCUUUGCUUAUCCACUCACCACUCACUCACCACUCACCUCUCACCUCUCACCAUUCACCACCACCCCUUCUAUUCUUUUCUCCUCCCUCGUUAACCCACCCUAAUACAAUGCAUUAACUCUCAUACUUCGCACCAAAGCCCAAACCUUUCAAUCUAACUCCACAACCCACCCUAACCAAACAGAUUCUCACAAACCCCACCAUGAGUGCCGUUAAUUUUAACGCAUGGCUACACCCCAGCUUCACCAGAUCCAGAUCCCCAACUUUUCUCUUUCACGGCCUCACUAACUCCCCCAUUCCCUCCCUCAUCGUUACCAAACGCCCAAGAGAUAAGCUUUAUUCGUCCCCGUCUUUCACAGUCUCCGCAGUGCUCACCAAAGAGGAGACGGUCGAGACGGAAGAGAAGCCGGCGUUUAACUUCAAGUCCUACAUGCUCCAGAAAGCCGACGCCGUCAACCAGGCGCUUGACGACGCCGUUCCGCUCCGCGAGCCGCUGCGGAUCCACGAGGCCAUGCGCUACUCCCUCCUCGCCGGCGGCAAGCGCGUGCGCCCCGUCCUCUGCGUCGCCGCCUGCGAGCUUGUUGGAGGCGCCGCCGCCACCGCGAUGCCCGCUGCCUGCGCCGUUGAGAUGAUCCACACCAUGUCCCUUAUCCACGACGACCUCCCCUGCAUGGACAACGACGACCUCCGCCGCGGUAAGCCUACCAACCACAAGGUCUUCGGGGAGGACGUCGCUGUCCUCGCCGGCGACGCGCUCCUCGCAUUCGCCUUCGAGCACAUCGCCGGCGCCACCGUCGGUGCCUCCCCGCCGCGCAUCGUCCGCGCCCUCGGCGAACUCGCGCGAGCCAUCGGCGCCGAGGGACUCGUCGCCGGCCAGGUGGUCGACAUCAAGUCCGAGGGGCUUGACGAUGUCGGCCUCGAACGGUUGGAGUUUAUCCAUCUCCACAAGACGGCGGCCCUGCUGGAAGGCGCGGUGGUCCUUGGCGCCAUCCUGGGCGGUGGAAGCGACGAGGAGAUUGAGAGAUUGAGGAAGUUCGCGCGGUAUAUAGGAUUGUUGUUUCAGGUGGUUGAUGACAUUCUGGAUGUUACGAAAUCUUCCCAGGAAUUGGGGAAAACUGCGGGGAAGGAUCUCGCGGCUGAUAAGGUUACUUAUCCCAAGCUUUUGGGGAUUGAGAAGUCUAAGGAGUUUGCUGCCAAAUUGAACAAAGAUGCUCAGGAUCAGCUCUCUGGCUUUGACCCUGUCAAGGCUGCUCCUUUAGUUGCUUUAGCCAAUUACAUUGCUUAUAGGCAGAACUAGAUUGUUGAACUGUGUCACAAAUUAACAAUUGUUUACAAAAUUUAGAUUUAUGAAGCCAUUCUAUAUGCUUAUUGCAGUGCAGCUAGGGAUUAUAAUAAUCCCCUUGCCCUUCCUCUUUCUUCCUUACUCGUCAAUUUUGAAUCAUGAAUAAGUAUUAUAUUCCUGUAA